AUGGAAGGGGAAUCUAACCACAAUACAACGAUUGUCAAUGACACCCCAGUAAAUCACCAGCCUUUGGAACGUCAUGGGUUGUGGGAAGUCAUCACCAUUGCAGCUGUGACUGCUGUGGUAAGCCUGAUCACCAUUGUGGGCAACGUCUUUGUCAUGAUCUCCUUCAAGGUCAAUAGUCAGCUGAAGACAGUGAACAACUAUUACCUGCUCAGCUUAGCCUGUGCAGAUCUCAUCAUUGGGAUCUUCUCCAUGAACCUCUACACUACCUACAUCCUCAUGGGACGCUGGGUGCUCGGGAGUCUGGCUUGUGACCUCUGGCUCGCACUGGACUACGUGGCUAGCAAUGCUUCCGUCAUGAACCUUCUGGUGAUCAGUUUUGACCGUUACUUUUCUAUCACAAGACCUCUGACCUAUCGGGCCAAGCGUACACCGAAAAGGGCUGGCAUCAUGAUUGGCCUGGCCUGGCUAAUCUCCUUCAUCCUUUGGGCCCCGGCGAUCCUCUGCUGGCAGUACCUGGUUGGGGAGCGGACAGUGCCACCAGAUGAGUGCCAGAUCCAGUUCCUCUCUGAGCCCACCAUCACUUUUGGCACUGCCAUCGCUGCCUUCUACAUCCCUGUUUCUGUCAUGACGAUCCUCUACUGCCGUAUCUACCGGGAAACAGAGAAGCGAACCAAGGACCUGGCUGACCUCCAGGGCUCUGACUCCAUGGCUGAAGCCGAGCCAAGAAAGCCAGCUCAUAAGGCUCUGCUGAGGUCCUGCUUUAGCUGCCCUCAACCCACGCUGGCCCAGAGGGAAAGGAGCCAAGCCUCCUGGUCCUCCUCCCGCAGGAGCACCUCCACCACUGGGAAGCCAUCCCAAGCCACCGACCCAAGCACCGAGUGGGCCAAAGCCGAGCAGCUCACUACCUGUAGCAGCUACCCUUCCUCAGAGGAUGAGGACAAGCCCACCACUGACCCUGUCUUCCAAGUAGUCUACAAGAGUCAGGCCCAGGAAAGCCCAAGGGAGGAAUUCAGUGCUGAAGAGACCAAGGAAACUUUUGUGAAAGCUCACACUGAAAAAAAGGACUAUGACACCCAAAAAUACUUCUUGUCCCCAGGUGCUGCUCAUAGAUCGAGGAGUCAGAAAUGUGUGGCCUACAAGUUCCGAUUGGUGGUAAAAGCUGAUGGGACCCAGGAGACCAACAAUGGCUGUCACAAGGUGAAAAUCAUGCCCUGCUCCUUCCCAGUGUCCAAGGACCCUUCAGCGAAAGGCCUGGAUCCCAACCUCAGCCACCAAAUGACCAAACGAAAGAGAAUGGUCCUUGUCAAGGAGAGGAAAGCAGCCCAGACCUUGAGUGCCAUCCUCCUGGCCUUCAUCAUCACCUGGACCCCUUAUAACAUCAUGGUCCUGGUUUCCACCUUCUGUGACAAGUGUGUCCCAGUCACCCUGUGGCACCUGGGCUACUGGCUGUGCUAUGUCAACAGCACUGUCAACCCCAUUUGCUAUGCCCUCUGCAACAGAACCUUCAGGAAGACCUUUAAGAUGCUGCUUCUCUGCCGCUGGAAGAAGAAAAAAGUAGAAGAGAAGUCGUACUGGCAGGGAAACAGCAAGCUCUCCUGA